AUGACCACAUCCGACGAAUUCGACAACCUAACGACACCGCUGGAAACGUCGACCAGCCCAGCACUAAAGUUCGAUGUCCUGGCCAAAUGCUCGACAACCAAGGCGCGCGCAUCAAAGAUGCACCUGCCCCACUACACGGCGCACACGCCCAUGUUUAUGCCGGUCGGAACAAUGGGAUCGAUAAAAGGUAUAACCACCAAGCAGCUCGAGAACCUCGACUGCCACGUUAUUCUCGGAAACACAUACCAUCUGGGGUCACGGCCAGGGCCAGAACUCUUGGAAGCUGCCGGCGGGCUGCAUGAGUUUAUGUCGUGGAACCGUGGGCUGCUGACGGAUAGCGGUGGAUUCCAGAUGGUCUCCCUACUGCGGCUGGCCAACAUCACCGAGGAGGGCGUGGAAUUCGAGAAUCCGCAUGACGGAAAAAAAAUGAUGCUAACACCCGAGAUGUCCAUCGGUCUACAGAACGCCAUUGGAGCGGAUAUCAUGAUGCAGCUGGACGACGUCGUGUCGUCGCUGACCACCGGCGACCGCGUCGAGGAGGCCAUGUGGCGGUCAGUCCGCUGGCUGGACCGCAGCAUCAAGGCAAAUAAGCGGCCGACCGAGCAAAACCUCUUCCCCAUUGUACAGGGCGGCCUGGACGCGCGCCUGCGCACGUUGUCAGCACACGAGCUGAUCAAGCGAGACUCCCCCGGGUACGCCAUCGGCGGGCUCAGCGGCGGCGAGGCGAAGGACUCGUUCUGGCGCAUGGUCUCACUGUCCACCGACAUCCUGCCCGAUAACAAGCCUCGCUACUGCAUGGGCGUCGGGUAUGCUGAGGACCUCGUCGUGUGCUCUGCGCUGGGGGUCGACAUGUAUGACUGUGUGUUCCCAACGCGUACUGCGCGCUUUGGCAACGCCUUGGUGCGCACCGGGUCGUUGGCUCUGAAGCAGGGCCGAUUCAAGAAUGAUUUAGGUCCGAUCGAUCCUGACUGCAGCUGCCCGACGUGCAAGAACUACAGCAGGGCGUACCUCCACACCACUGUUACCAAGGACACUACUGGCUGCCAUCUGAUCACUAUCCACAACAUUGCUUACCAGAUGCGUCUGAUGCGCGAUAUCCGCCAGGCUAUUGUUGACGACCGCUUCCCCGAGUUCAUCCGCGAGUUUAUGAGCAUUAGGUUUGGAAAGACCGUGCCCAAAUGGAUCAUCAGCGCCCUCCAGUCGGUCGACGUCGACCUGACUGCCGUCGAUGAAAAGACGGGAUACUCGGCUACGCCCAUCAGCGACGACUUCCAAAAGGUGCCCAACAUGUAA